UUUUCAUUCCAAAAUAGAUUGCAUUGCAGGCCCUGAUUCUUGAUUCCUUCCCUAUAUUCCAUCUUUCAACAAACCUGUGCACAACCCACAUAUCCAUUCAUACAUAAUGGCCCCCUCCCUAGAAGAGCCCGAGCCCGUCCAAGACGUCCUCGACAACCCCCUCAAAGCACGCCCCCAACUCGUCGCCCCCGAGCCCGAACACUGCCCCGGUCCCGAGUCCGAACGAGCAGGCACCGCCGACUCCUGCGCGGGGUGUCCGAACCAAGCCAUCUGCGCGUCCGCGCCCAAGGGCCCGGACCCAGACAUCCCGCUGAUCGCGGAGCGGCUGUCGGGGGUGAAGCACAAGAUCCUGGUGCUGUCGGGCAAGGGCGGCGUGGGGAAGAGCACGUUCACGAGCCUGCUCGCGCACGCAUUCGCGACCAACGAGGACACGACCGUCGGCAUCAUGGACACCGACAUCUGCGGGCCCAGCAUCCCCAAGAUGAUGGGCGUCGAGUCCGAGACCAUACACAUCAGCAACACCGGCUGGUCGCCCGUCUGGGUCGCCGAUAACCUGGGUGUCAUGAGCAUACAGUUUAUGCUGCCGAAUCGCGACGACGCUGUGAUAUGGCGUGGGCCCAAGAAGAAUGGGCUGAUCAAGCAGUUCCUCAAAGAGGUCGAAUGGGGCAGUAUGGAUUUCCUGCUAGUCGACACCCCGCCGGGUACGAGCGAUGAACAUUUAAGUGUCAAUAGUUUUCUAAAGGAGAGUGGAAUAGACGGCGCCGUCAUGGUCACAACACCACAAGAGGUGGCGCUGCUCGAUGUGAGAAAAGAGAUCGAUUUCUGCCGAAAAGCAGGGAUACGGGUGCUGGGUUUAGUGGAAAAUAUGAGCGGAUUCGUGUGUCCGAAUUGCACGCAUGAGAGCCAAAUAUUCAAGGCUACUACUGGAGGUGGCGCAGCUCUGGCCAAGGAGAUGGAUAUCCCGUUCCUUGGGGAAGUACCACUAGACCCAAGGAUCGGAAUGGCUUGUGACUACGGAGAGAGUUUCUUCGAUCACUAUCCCGACAGCCCAGCAUGCAAAGCACUCAAGAAAGUUGUGAAGGGGGUCGCGGCCGAGAUAGGUCUCGAUGCACAACAAGUCCUACCCGAUGACUGAUCAAAAGAUAAAAAAUAGUAAAGUGAAAGCUAGCAAAAUCUCGCUAUCUGCAGCAUAGAGCAAGUCAGCCAAG